CAGCACUGCAUUUACUAUCCGUGUUUGGUAAUGUAAUGGAGAAAUGAAAUAAGUUUGCUAGAGAGGUGUGCCGCUUAUAAAGUCUGUUCCGUUGUGUGGUUGUGAUGUGAUAAAUUAAUACAAAAGACGGCAUUAUUUUGGAUAAGAUAACAAAACAGAAUGGCCUUUCCCUACGUGCCUUUGCUAAAAUUCGCAUGCCUUACAUUUUUAUACAUCGUACAAUUAAACGCAGAAACAUUCCUAGGUAUUAAUCCGUGCAUAUCCAAAACGAACUGUCAAGAGUGCAUUCGAACGCCUUCUUGCGCUUGGUGCUACGAUCCGUCUACCGAAUUCGAUCACCAUCCAAGAUGUUAUCAGCCGGCCGGUCAGCAACCACACAAAAAAUGCCCGAAGGAAUAUCAAUACUUUCCCAGUAACUAUUUCGGUAUUGUCUCCCAAAAACCCCUGUCGAAACAUCAAUCCUCAACCGGUCAUCGAAACACCCGAGCAGCUGAAAAUAGAACCUAUACCUCGUAUUCUGAGACUGUUGGGGAUGGUGGAACGUUUAAGACCACCUACACCGAAACGAAAACUUCAUACGGCAGUGGAAAUAACGAAUUUAGUGGAUCAAGCAAUCAAUUCGGUGAUGCAAGAACGUCAUAUGGUACUUCGAGUGGUACUUCAAGUAGUGGUGGGUAUAGUACCUCAUAUGGUGGGGCAAGUGGUGGAUACAGUGAUGCCCACGGCUCUUACGGCGGUUCGAAAACCACAUAUGAGACCACAUAUACUGAAACUACUUCAGAGAGCAUACAAAUCACUCCACAAAGAGUGCAUAUGAAGCUGAGAGCUCGCGAGUCAUUUAGUUUUACUGUAUCCUACGCGCAAGCGCACGAUUACCCGGUCGAUCUGUAUUACCUCAUGGAUCUGAGUAAAUCUAUGGAGGACGAUAAGGACAAACUGUCGAAGUUGGGAAAUAUGUUGGCGGAAUCCAUGCAGUCAAUUACCAGCCAGUUUCAACUUGGAUUUGGUAGUUUCGUUGAUAAAGUUGUUAUGCCUUACGUUAGUACUGUUCAAUCAAAGUUGAAGAUGCCGUGCACCAAUUGUACAGCGCCGUAUGGUUAUAGAAAUCACUUGCCUUUAAGUAAUGAUACCACUAAGUUUGCACGCAUGGUUAAAGCUGCUCGAGUCUCCGGUAAUUUAGACGCUCCCGAAGGCGGAUUUGACGCCCUUAUGCAAGCGGUGGUGUGCAAGCAGGACAUCGGUUGGAGAGAUAACGCUAGAAGGCUGCUCGUUUUUUCAACCGAUGAUGGUUUUCAUUCUGCCGGUGAUGGAAAGUUAGGAGGAAUUAUCAAACCUAACGAUGGUCGCUGCCAUUUACAAGAUCAAUAUUAUUCGUAUUCAAGCGUUCAGGAUUAUCCCAGCAUUUCUCAACUCAAUCUCAAAGUGAAGGAGAACGCGAUCAAUGUUAUCUUCGCCGUUACCGAGGAACGUAGAGAAAUUUACAAUAGUCUGAAGGAACACAUCGAAGGCGCGUCUAGUGGAACUUUAUCGGCGGACUCCUCUAACGUUGUGCAGUUUGUGAGGAAGCAAUACGAGGAAAUCUCCUCGAACGUUGAACUGAAAGACAAUUCCAGCACAUGGGUCGAAAUUAAGUACUACAGCAGAUGCGGUAACUCAGACGCAAUAGAAAAUAAUACUAAAUCGUGCGGAGGAUUUAAAGUUGGGGAAGUCAUUGAUUUUCGUUUAGAAGUGUUCCUUAAAGAAUGUCCGGAAGACCGCAGCAAGUGGAACCAGACGAUUCAAGUGUACCCGAUUGGUUUGUCUGAAAGCGUUUAUAUUGAUCUUGAGAUGCUUUGCUCCUGUCCUUGUGAUCAGGCGGGGGAUGCGGGUUAUAAACUAUUCGCGAAGGAGUGUAACAAUGUGGGUACACUAAAAUGUGGAAUAUGUGAAUGUGAUCCGUUUCAUCAAGGACAGCAUUGCGAGUGUUCAUUAAAAUCACUAGUCAAUCAAACUUUCACCCAAGGGUGUAAGCAACCCAACGUGACAGAUGUUUUAGAGUGCUCCGGACGAGGAGCUUGCAUUUGCAAUAAAUGUGAAUGUGAUAUUCCAAACAAUCCUCUACAUAGAAUUUAUGGUGACUGGUGUGAAUGCGACAAUUUCUCUUGCUAUCGCCACGGUGGCGUGAUUUGUGGUGGUCACGGUAUCUGCGAUUGCGGUGAAUGUAAAUGCAAUAAACCGUGGACUGGAAAAGCGUGCGACUGCUACAACGAGACCAACAUUUGCUAUCCUCCGAAAAGUAACGCUCAAGAGUGUGAUGGUCACGGUAAGUGCGUUUGUGGAGAAUGCGUAUGCAAUGAAGCCGAAGAUGGAGGAGGAAAAUACACGGGGAAAUACUGUGAAAGAUGUCCCAAUUGCACUGAAACCUGUGAAGAGUUGAAACCUUGUGUCCUUUGCCAAAUGUAUCAGAUGGGUCCAUAUAAAGACAACUGCAUAGAAAAAUGCUCCAAUUUCACUCCUAUUGAAGUACAAACCGCGGUACCAGAUGAGAAGAAUAACGAAUUCCAAUGCGCCGGUUACGACGAAAACAACUGCAGAUACAUAUUUGUUUAUCGGAAACAGAACGAGACACAUUACAUUGUAAAAGCGCAGAAAGAGCGCGAAUGCAAAGGGCAGGUGUUACUGUUAGGCAUAGUUUUCGGUGUGAUCGCCGCUGUCGUUUUAAUGGGGUUGGCGAUUUUAUUACUGUGGAAACUGUUUGCUACGAUCCACGAUCGAAGGGAGUUCGCAAGGUUUGAGAAAGAGCGAAUGAUGGCAAAAUGGGAUACUGGUGAAAAUCCAAUUUACAAGCAGGCGACGUCGACGUUUAAAAAUCCCACUUAUGCUGGAAAAGGUUAAUUAUGAAUGCCAUUUGUAGUAAAGCGCGUUUUAAAUUUCCACUUUAUUUGCCAAAGUUAAAAUUUUUACCUAACAGACUUUUUUACUAGACAUAUUUUGUAAUACAAUUUACAAUUAACGUGUAAUAUAUGUAAAGAAAUUAAUAGUGCUAUAUGCGAACGAACAUGUAACAACUAUAUAGUUUGGAAUAGGACAGUUAAUGUAAUGUUAAGAUUGCCAUUAAUUACAGCUUCCAUUAAAAUUUUAAGCCAUACGUGGUGUACUUAAAGCAAGAAAUUCGACAGUAAUGCUUCAACUUUAGGUAAAGAGAGUACAAAGGAUUUUACAGUGUCGACGAGGUUAUACUGUGUACGAGAGUGUUUACUAAUUAGUCAUCCUAUAUAUUAAGCAUAUUAUUUUCCUUUAUGUUUUGUACUGCCAUUAUUGUUUUUAGGUAACCAUUACACUAUUAAUAUUUAAUACAGUUGUUAAAUGAA